AUGGAUGACGUCCACGCGCUCGCUCGCUCGACCUCCCGUCGUCUCGUCGUGCUCUACGGCUCGGAGACUGGCAACUCCCAGGACGUGGCCGAGCGAGUCGUUCGAGAGGCGAAGGCUCGACACUACGCCCCGGUGUUCAUGCCCAUGGAGAGCUAUGACGUGCGAACAUUACCAAGCGAACGAUACGUGGUGUUUGUGACGUCCACGACGGGGCAGGGCGAUGAGCCGAAGAACAUGAAGAGCUUUUGGAGGUUCUUGUUGCGAAGAGGCCUGUCGACAUCGGCGCUGACAAACGUGUCCUACAGCGUCUUUGGAUUGGGGGAUUCGGGGUAUCAAAAAUAUAACAUCGUGGCGAAGAAGCUGUUUCGUCGACUCGAGGGUCUGGGCGCUCACGCAGUGCACGAGCUCGGUUUGGGUGACGACCAGCACCCGCUUGGGUACGAGGCGGCUUUGAAUCCGUGGUUGAGCGGACUCUGGAAGGCUAUGAGGCAGAUUUGCCCGCUACCUGUGCAAUUGAAUGACCCAAGUGAUGAGGAGCUUGCGAAUGCACCGCUUCCCGCAGCAAGAUUUCAGAUUGAUGUGACCGAUUCGGCUGGAGUUGAAGCAGAGACGAGUCGAGAGCAUUUUGAGCGCCUGUUGGAGGCGCACAGAGCAUUGAGAAUAGCCGUCGCGGCCGCAGAUGCGUGCGAUGCGAGCGUUAUGUUUUCAAAAAGUGAGUACGAAGCGCGAGAUUGUCGCGAGAAAACGUAUUACGACGGAUCCGUGCGCGAGAAUAGGUGCUUGACGAGCAAGGACGCUGUGAAGGAUGUCCACCAUCUGGAGUUUGAAUCUGCUGAUGGAUCUACGCUGGCUUACGAACCGGGAGAUGUGCUCGGAGUGGUACCUUUCGCAAUUGGCGCAGACGAUGAACGGGUCGCGCAAUUGAUCGAGCGCUUGGGGAUGUCCUCAGACGCUUGGGUGCGCGUGUACCCAGCUUGCGCACCCACAACGAAAAGCGACUUUCCAUGGGUUGAACUCAAGUAUCUCAUUGCUGGCGGGGUUGACAUCGAUUCUGCUUCGCCGAGGCGGUACUUUUUCGAAGCUAUGAGUCACUUUGCCGAGGAAAAACACGAAAAGGAGCGUCUUCAGUACUUUGCAUCGGCAGAAGGCGCGGUCGAUCUGUACAAGUACAAUCAGCGAGAGCGAAGGACUGUGUGUGAAAUAUUUGACGAUUUUUCGUCGUUGAAACCUACACUCGAGUGGUUAUUACAAGUGUGUCCUCAUUUGCAUGAGAGAUACUACUCAAUAUCAUCGUCUCCUGCGGCCGAUACGGCGCAAACUGGUGCCAUACACAUCACUGUCGCUUCAGUGAAGUGGACAACGCCAAUGAAGCGUGAACGCACGGGACUGUGCUCCUCGUGGCUAACAUCGAUCGAUACUGGGACAAAGAUCGCUUUCUCUAUCUGCAAAGGUAGUAUCAGUCUACCUCCUCCAGAGGUGCCGCUGAUUCUCGUAGGACCCGGAACCGGCAUCGCGCCGUUUCGUUCAUUUGUUCGUUCACGUAUGCUUGAAACAGCCGGCUCGAGCACCGCCGGAGAUAUUUUAGUUAUUUUCGGAUGCCGGGACGAUCAGCGCGACUAUUUGUACAAAGAAGAGUGGGAAAAGCUCGAAGAUUCUGGCUCUUUAGUGGGAUCAAACGGUCUUGGAGGCAUCGUAGUCGCGUUUUCUCGCGCUCCAGGGCAGACGAAGAAGUACGUCCAGGAUCGCAUAAAGGAUGAGGCAAAGCGCGUUUGGACGCUGCUUGAAAGCGGAGCAAAGGUCUUCGUGGCGGGCUCAGCUGAAAAAAUGCCUACAGCUGUGCGAAUGGCGAUUCAGGACGUAGUGAAAACACACGGAUCGCUCGAUGAUGAAGAGAGUGCAAGAUACGUGAACAAGUUAGACAUGAGUGGUAGGUAUUUUGUCGAUGCAUGGUGA